GAGGAAGGGUACUCUACAGUCCCGCUCUCACUUGGCAAAUCUGUUUUUCUCUCCGUUCAUGAUGAAGCUUUUUGGAGCUCUGAUCCUGUUUAUUACUCUGUCUGCAGCCUGUGGAUUAAGAUGCUACACAUGCACCGCCACCGACCCUAAAUCCUGCAUUGACACCAAAUCUUGUCCAGUCAUCUUCAACCGGUGUUUCUCUCUCAGAAUAGACGGUUAUACCAUGGUAACCAAGGGUUGCCAAAACAGCAUAGCAUGUGGCGGUGCCAUGGCUUGCUGUGAAGGGAACUUGUGUAACAGUGCCCUGCCCACUGCUCCCUGCAUCAUCCUCCUGCUGGUCUCCUUGGCCUCCAUCUUUUUCUGAGGUUCUGGGACUUCGUUAUUUCUACGCUUUUCCUGAUCCAACUGAAGAAGAAUAAGCAAUUAUUAUAUUUACAUGCUCUUCCAAACCUCUAUUUCUAACACAAUAAGAUUGUCUUUGAAUGUUUAAAUCAAACUAAUGAUGUUGUCCCUCUGCCGGAUAUUAAAUUGGCCAUAUACUGUUUGAAGACGGUUGGUUUCAAAACUGUUGUAAUGAUAUGUUCAGAAGAUGGUUUCUUGGUGUGUUUUUUUGUUGAUAAUCAAAUCCAAUAGUUAGUUACCAUGAAGUCUCCUUAUAUAUAUUGCGUGAGACAAAUAGAUCACAUUUCAUAAAGAACAGAGAAAAAAGUCUCUACCUGAUCGGUCUCAACGCUGUGUGUGUCCGUCAGGAAACACGCUGUGUACAAACAGUUCCAGCAAACAUCCACUGAUAAAUUGCGAUGUUAACAACCUCAUGAUAACCUGAUCUUUUUUUAAUUUAGGAUCAUACCUGUGUUUAGUCUAGAAAAAGGUAAA